AUGCCACCAGAAAUUCAGAACAAUCCUAGGUUUUUUCCUUGGUUUGAAGACUUCAUAGGUGCUAUAGAUGGGACUCAUGUACGUGCAUCAGUUCCUAUUGAGAUGCAAGAGAGAUUUCGAGGAAGAAAGGAUAAGACAACACAAAAUGUACUAGCGGCCGUAGACUUUGAUCUAAAGUUUACUUAUGUGCUUGCUGGUUGGGAGGGCUCUGCCCACGACUCAAGGGUUUUGGGGAAAUACUAUCUUGCUGACGCUGGGUAUGGGGACCGUAAAGGUUUUAUGUCUCUAUUUAGACGUGUUCGUUACCAUUUGAAGGAGUAUACCGACAAUCCUCCCGAGAAUGAACAAGAAUUAUUCAAUCUUCGCCAUUCUUCACUGAGGAUGUGUAUAGAGAGGGCGUACAGGGUGUUAAAAAAAAGAUUUUGCGUCUUAGAUGCUGAGCCUUUUUGGUCAUAUGAAACCCAAGUGGAUGUGGUUCUUGCUUGUUUUGUGAUAUAUAACUACCUAAGAGGUGUUGAUCCCAAUGAUGCAAUUACACGAGAGGCCGACUUGGAGGUUGAAACACAUGACAUAAGGAAAUCGCUUACUCGAAAGGAAAUUCGUGAGGAAACCAAAGAGUGUGUGAAAAAACGAAAUUCUAUAGGAUCGGCCAUGUGGAAUGCAUAUAAGAAGCAUCGAACUAAUUGA